AGUGCCGCCCGAGGAGGUGGAGUCCGGGAGGUGGCGGCGGCGGUGGCGGUUGCCAGGAUCCCGCGUUGCCGCCUGAGACCCGUAAUAUGGCGGGGAGGAGAAGGAGAAGGAGGCGGCGGACCGAGCUGCGCUCUGUCAGUACAAAUUGAGCUGUUUGCUUCCUGACAAGGCCCGUGGCGAAGGAGAAAAAGCCUGACCGGGCCGUGGGAGAUCAGUGCCUACUGUGUGCUGAUGCUGUUCUGUGUAAUGGGGAUUCAGUGGUGAGCAAGACUGAAAAGGUACCCGUGCUUAUGGAGCUUACGUUUUGGUGGAGGAAGACAGACAAAACCCAAGGAAAUAAACAAGAUAAUUUCAGAUAGUGUGUAAUUGUGGGAAGAUGGAGGAGUAUGAGAAGUUCUGUGAGAAUAGUCUUGCCAGAAUCCAAGAGGCAUCACUAUCCACAGAGAGCUUUCUGCCUGUCCAGUCUGAAAGCAUCUCACUUAUUCGCUUCCAUGGAGUGGCUGUGCUUUCUCCACUGCUUAACAUUGAGAAAAGAAAGGAAAUGCAACAAGAAAAGCAGAAGGCACUUGAUAUAGAAACAAGAAAGCAUGCUGAUAGGAAGAAAGCUCUAUUGACUCGGGUCCAAGAGAUUCUUGAAAAUGUUCAGGUUAGAAAAGCACCUAAUCCCAGUGAUUUUGAUCCAUGGGAGACUAAAACAGUUUAUUCUGAUUCAGAAGUCAGAAACUUGAAUGUCCCUUCCACGUUUCCAAAUAUCUUGCCAAGCCCUACUGAACACUCUACUUUAGGAAAGUUUGAAAAGACAACUGGAAUUUUGCCAUUGAAUCAUGAGGACCAAUUUAAAUCUAACGGGACAGAUUCAGCUAGGGACUCAGAAUUUAAUUCUCUGAAGCACUGUGAUAGUUCAGAUGUUACCCCCGUGGAAAAGGAAGCUUCCGCAAAGAUCCCCUCAGCAGCCCCUCAGGAAACUCUUCUGUCCGAUGGUCUCUUCCCAUCCAGUGAAGAACUGGACCCAACACUUUUGGAGGAAGUUACUCCAGAUCCCUACAUAAUGAGUCUUCAGAACCUGAUGAAAAAGUCAAAGGAAUAUAUAGAAAGAGAACAAUCUAGACGCAGUCUGAGAACUAGUGCGAAGAGGAGUGUUCACGAGUGUCACUCAGAUAAGGAAAACGAGGCUGUGAAAGUGACCGACUAUGGGAAGGAGAAGGCGCAGUGGCCUGGCAGACCCUGUGCUUCAGUGAUUCUGGACAAACCAAGCCUUAAUAAAUCAAAUGUUCUUCUCCAAGGUGCUUCCACUCAAGCAAGCAGCACGAAUGAGUCCGUGUUAGGUAGCUUUUCUAAAGUGGACAUACCUAUACGAACUGGCCAUCGCACUGUUUUAGACCCUGAAUCUGAUUUUAAAGUCAUUCCCACUUUUGUUCCCGAGAAUAACAUUAUCAAAAGUCUUACUGGUUCAUAUGCCAAAUUACCUAGUCCAGAGCCAAGCCUGAGUCCUAAAAUGCAUCGAAGGCAUUCGAGGCCAUCAUCAGCAUGUCAUAUCCUUAUAAAUAACCCGAUAAAUGCCUGUGAGUUAAGUCCUAAAGGAAAAGAGCAGACAGUAGACUUAGUUGUUCAAGAUACUGAUGAAAAAACAAACAUACCUGAAACUGUGCCAAAGUUACCAGUUGAUUUAGUAGGAGUUUGUCCAAGCAAGGUUUAUGUCACCAAAAAUACAUCUGAAACCAUACAGGAAGUGGUUGUAGGUAAAUCAAAUCAGGUAUGCCAGUCUUCAGGAAAUCAGUUAGAAAACAAGGUCAUUCACGGACUUGCCAUCGUGGAAGGUCAGUUAACGUCUGAUGGGAGAGGACCACCCAAGAUGGACAGUACGUGUCCUACAAUGCCAAGAUUGCAUGAGCCAUGUGCCACCAGUCAGUGUAUAGUGAGUCAAAACUUUGGAACUGUGAGCACCCUCAAGUCAGCCAAUGUGCUGGAGAAAAACACCUGCAAUUUACAAAUGGAACUGAAUAAGUCUUACGAUGUAAAAAACCCAUCUCCUUUACUGAUGCAAAACCAGAAUGCCAGACAGCAGAUGGACACCCCUACAGUGGCCUGUGGCAGUGAACCGUUUUUGGAUAACAGUUUUGAGAAAGUUAAACGGAGACUUGAUUUAGAUAUUGAUAGUUUGCAAAAAGAAAACUGCCCUUAUGUCUUAGCGACUGGAAUAGCUGAACAGGAAAGGCAGCAUUUGCCAGAAAAAAGAUACCCCAAGGGAUCUGUCUAUAUGAACAAGAAUAAAAUGUUAGAAAGUAGUUCCAAAGAAAGCGAGGAGAUAUUAAAAAGCAAGAUGUUAGCUUUUGAAGAAAUGCGGAAGAGGCUAGAAGAACAGCAUGCCCAGCAGUUAUCACUACUCAUAGCUGAGCAGGAAAGGGAACAGGAAAGGUUGCAGAAGGAAAUAGAAGAACAGGAGAAAAUGUUAAAAGAGAAGAAGGUGAUUGCAGCUGAAGCGUCUGAAUCGGGCAGCAACAACGUGGCGGACUUAGAAUGGAGAAAAAUAAAUGAGUCUGGUUUGCUGGAAACAAUGCUGUCUCAGGUGGACUCGCUCCGUCCUUCAAACUCAAAUAGCUCUGGUUUCACAAGUUCUGCCCUGCAGCACAGCUUUGCUUCUGCAAACGAAGCACCCUUCUACCUCUGGGGCUCAUCAACUAGUGGCUUGACCAAGCUCUCAGUAACAAGGCCUUUUGGAAGGGCCAAGCCUAAAUGGUCUCAGGUUUUCAGUCCGGAAUUACAAACAAAAUUUAAUAAGAUAACUGCAGUGGCAAAAGGAUUUCUUACUCGAAGGCUUAUGCAGACAGAUAAGCUGAAACAACUUCGCCAAACUGUAAAAGACACUAUGGAAUUCAUAAGGAGUUUUCAGUCAGAAGCGCCAUUGAAGAGAGGAGUUGUUUCAGCACAAGAUGCUUCUCUUCAGGAAAGAGUGUUAGCUCAGUUGCGAGCCGCCCUGUAUGGUAUUCAUGACAUAUUCUUUGUAAUGGAUGCAGCUGAAAGAAUGUCUAUUCUCCAUCAUGAUCGAGAAGUUCGCAAAGAGAAAAUGCUCAGGCAAAUGGACAAAAUGAAAAGUCCACGAGUGGCCCUGUCGGCUGCAACACAGAAGUCUCUCGAUAGGAGGAAGUACAUGAAAGCUGCUGAAAUGGGAAUGCCAAAUAAGAAAUUUCUGGUUAAGCAAAAUCCUUCCGAAACAAGCAGAGUCCUUCAGCCAAACCAAGGACAGAAUGCGCCCGUUCACAGGCUCCUUAGUAGACAAGGAACCCCUAAGACAUCAGUGAAGGGGGUUGUGCAAAAUAGACAGAAGUCUUCACAGAGCAGAGUGCCUAACAGAGCGCCUGUUUCAGGAGUAUAUGCAGGAAAAAUCCAAAGAAAGCGGCCAAAUGUUGCGACAAUUUAAGAAGACAGCAUUCGUUAGGAUGAACAAGGGGCGGGUGGGUGGGGGGUGCUACACGCUUAUGAUUUUUUCCUGCGCAGGACUCUUGAGUUAACCCUGGACUGUUUACACAGGCAAAGUGACAUCAAAGGGCUGAGCAGUUAUCUGCAAACUUGAUCAGUCUGGCUGUUUCCUUCUCUACACCCUCAGUAUCCUAAGAUUAGGUUUGGGUGAAGACACAGUAGUAUUUAGUAAUCGACCAUCUCUGCUUAACCUGUACAAACGUAAGUUUGUUUUCUGUACCCAGAUGUCUGCUGAGAAUGUUUUUUUUGUAAAUUUCAAGGACAUUUGGAUUUAUUUCUAUAAAAUGUUGAAAAGGUGUGGUAAAUUACAAAUAUAUUUGGAAACACAAAUUUCAUUUACCUCUUCUUACUGAUUGCUAAAUUUGAUAAAUUAGAUACUGUUCUGUUCAAGGGAGAAUUACCGCAGAAGAAUGUUUUUCUUUGGUUUUAUAAAACUUAAACACUGGUUAAUCUCUCAGUCUUCAUAUUCUUGGACUUAGAGGAUAAUCUCAUAGGAGAAAACACUUGCCUGCUGAUUGUGGUCCCUCCAGAAUUUACCACAGAAGGAGCUGGGGGCCACCGUUUUGGUCACCAGUGUACAUUUGUCUUAACCACUAGUUGUCUUGUGCAGAAAUGUUAGGUUUAAUGUAGGUUACCCCAGUACUCUUGGAAACACUCCUCCUAAAUCAUAAAAUCUUUCUGUGGAGGGUAACAAAUUAGGGAGAUAGCACGAUCUUGAAGGUAGUAGCACUUAGGAGUGAAUCCAUGCGUCCAUUCUGUAAAACUGAGUCACCCUGCAUGCACUUCUGUUUUCUUGGUGGUUUGAGUAUUUUGUUCCUUCAUAGUCUGUUUUUUCUAGCUUGCCUGAUUUAGGAGACACUAAAGGGCUAUACAAUAAGUUCAGACUUUCCAGUGGGAUAGCAAUAUUGUCGAGUUGAAAUUCUGCAUUACUGAUAUAUAAGGUUUUCAUCACUAAUGUAUUCAUUUAAAAUAGAAACCAAAAAAUGUUACCAAGGGAACAUGAUUUUAUGGAAGAGAAUGUCACUGUUAAUUUAGCAUGCCAUUUCCAAAAAGGGCUUUGUGCUUCUCACAUAAAAUUGGAACUGUGUACACUUACUCUUUCUAACUUGAAUUUUAAAUAAUACUGGUAUUUUGAAAAUGCAGACUAUAUAUAUUCUUAAUAUCCUUUUAAGAAGGUGGAGAUAAAGAUUGUUUUCUCCAAUUUUCUGUCCUAUUUAAAAUUUAGCUGUUACAUCCAGCUGUAGAUAGGCAAUAAUAAUCUACUCUGGGUGUAAACUUGAUUUUCUUUAUGAGAUAUGUAUCAUUUAUGAUUUAUUAAAUGAGUGAGGCAGGAAAUCAGAAGACAGUCAAAAAUGUCUGAGUUACCAGUUUUUUUAUUUGUAGGCAAAGUGUAUCAAAAUAUCUUAAUAUGAUAAAUUGUGCUUUAUCAUUCUGAAAACUCAGGAUACACCUUACUCAUAUCAUUGUGGGUCUUUACAGAAAGAAAAGAGAUGCUACAAGUUUUGUGCACAAUAAUGCAAAUUAGCUAAAACAAAUAGUAUGUUUUGGAGAAAGUUAAAAGUAGCUUUAGAUGAAGGUUGAGAAAUGAGAGUGUUUUUUGUUUUUUAAGGUAAAAGCAUGUGUGUUUUACACCUAUUUUAAUGUUCACAGCUUCUU